AUGGCUGAGAAGACCUUCCCUCACGAACUCACGGAAAUCGACCACGAUGAGAUGGUCACCAAAAAGGAGUCGAACCCCCACGAGACCAUCACCGUGUCCGAUGUCAAGGGCAAGCGACACUUCAGUGCCUACAUGGUCAUUAGCGUCGUCAUCGUUCUUUUUGGAUCUCUCAGCUACUCUUUCAGUGCCGGCGUCAUUGGAACGACCAUUGGACAACCCUCCUUUUCUAAGUACAUGGGACUGGACAAUAACCCGAACGCUAGUGCAAUCCUCGGCGCUACUGCUUCCCUCUUCUAUGUUGGAGGCGUCUUCGGCUCUAUCUUCAGCAAUGUCGUCAGCGAUCGCUGGGGUCGAAAGGCCUCUAUAUACACUGGCUGUAUUAUGGUCCUCUGCUCGGGAGCACUUUGCGCCGGCUCAGUCAACAUCGCCAUGUUUAUUGUCUUCCGAUUUGUAGCUGGAUUCGGCGGCUUUAUGCUUUCAAUGGUGGUCCCCGUGUGGAUUUUGGAGGUUGCACCAGCCGAGGUCCGCGGAGCAUUUGCCCAAGGUCACGCUGGAGUACUCUCGUUAGGCUAUCUUCUCGCCAACUAUGUGGGGGUAGGGUUCUACCUGAAUCUCCCUCUUACUACUGUGAAUGCCUGGCGAGGACCUCAGGCGAUCAGCUGUCUUCCACCGAUCCUUUGUCUCGCCGGGCUCUGGUAUAUUCCUGAAUCUCCACGGUACCUCUUUAUGAAAGAACGGGAUUCCGAAGCCCGGGGUAUUCUCUUCAAGAUCCACAAGUCACCUGGAGAUGACUUUAUUUACUCAGAGAUCGAGGAGUUCCAGAUCCGGAAGCAAAUCGAACUGGAUCGCAUGCUACCCUCUUCCUGGCUAUAUAUGAUCAAAAAGCCAUCGAACCGGAAGAGGAUGUGGAUGACAAUCUUUAUCGGCUUCGGUAUCUUAUCAAACGGCAAUAUCGUCCUCUCUACCUACUGUACUAUUAUCAUGAAAAGUCUAGGGUUCGAUGCGACAAAACAACUUCUUAUUCAAGCUGGAAUCUUUGCCGCCACUAUCUCAGGUCCCUUUAUCGCCAUCCUUUAUGUCGAAAAGUUUAGGCGCCCAACCCUUGUCGCUACCGGGCUGACUCUGGACCUUAUCUUUCUCUUGAUCUUUGUGGCCCUCUUUGCCAGCUUCGUCAACGGUACAAACAGAGCUGCUCAGAUUACUUGUGUCGCCCUUGUUUAUAUGUUUGAGGUUACUUUUAACCUCUUCAUCGAAGGGCCACUAGCAUACUGGGCCACUGAAUUCUAUCCGACCAACCUACGUGCUAAAGGUGCGACAAUACAGACAGUGACCUUUGCCUGCACAGCCACUCUAUGGGGCCAAUCUGCUCCAUCAGGAAUCACCAAUAUUGGAUGGAAGUUCUUCCUCUGCUUCAUCGCGAUUUCUGUCGUCGUUAUCAUUGCUCUUUACUUCUACUUUCCCGACACUCAAGGCAAGACUCUGGAGGAAGUGGCUCUUUUAUUUGGCGACGACGACCUUGUGGUUGUCCGCCAAAGUGAUAUCCAGCUUGACAGCCACCAUCGGAUUAUUGCCAAACAGCAGAACGGAGAGGAAAUCGUGGAGGACGUGGUUAUCAAGAAGGACGCAUAG